UGAAGAGAAGAAUUAUAAAGAUUAAUUGAAUCACAACUACAGAAAUAUGGGUGAACACAGAGGAGGGUGGAUAUUUUUGAUCCUGCUGACAUGCUUUGUGUGGAUUGUGAUGGUCGUAUUUAAUGCCCUGGCUGGGGGUGAAGGGCAGAAGCUUGGCAUAUUCAAAAACAGUACUGGAGAUGUUUCGGAUGUCUUCAACCUCCAAAUCACACCAGCAGGAUGGACAUUCAGUAUAUGGGGUGUUAUAUAUACCUGGCAAGCCCUAUGGUUGGUGUAUGCUUUAUCUACGAUUUGUCGUAAGACUCAGCAGGGUAACUACAUCUACACACUCCCCGUCAUGCCUCCUGUUAUCUACGCAGUGUACAUCUUCAACAACCUCAGUAACAUUGCCUGGCUGUUUGUGUGGGACAGACAAGAGAUUAUUGCCUCUUUGGUAGUUAUUGCCUUGACACCCCUUACAUUGUAUGUCUGUCUGUAUUUCUCCUUCACUCGUCUGUAUCGUAAUCUUGGCCUUCUUACCAAACAAUUUGCCACCAAGGACAUCUGGUUGAUCAGAUUUCUGGUUCAGAAUGGGCUGGCUAUGUAUGCGACUUGGACCACAGUGGCAACCCUUCUGAAUGUUGCUAUGGUGAUGAUCUAUAAAGGGGGUGUAGAUAAUGCCUUGGCCUGUACCAUAAUUCUGGGUGUUCUGUCAUUUGUUAUCUUGCUUUGGUUUGUCCUGGACAAUUUUGUAUUUGAUAACUACACAAGGUACACUUUCACACCAAACAUUGUCUUUGUAGUGGCACUGGCCGGUGCUACAUCUAAAAAUUACAACCUGGACACCAUGGAGAGAAACUCCAUCUUUCUGGUUGUCAUGUUGAGUGUUGCUAGCCUUUUGUUGCUGCUGAAGUUGCUUAUCAUGGUGUACAGACACAUUAGAAAGCCAAUUAAUCCAAAUGUGGAAUAUGAACCCACUAUUUAGGCUAAAGUAGAAAAUGAAGUUGUGGAAAAUGGCACAACACUUCGUCAUAGGGUUUGUUCAAUUUAAGGUCAAUUAUGACAUCUUUACAACAAAUAUUUGUUAUCCAAGACAUUGCUUGUAGAUUCAAAAUGCCAGACAUAGUUUUCUUUGAGGAAAACUUUAUUCAUGACUUUAUGUUAAUUCAUGUACCGGUAUUCAUAUGUUUUUAAAUUACUGACCACUUUAUGCUUUAAAUGGCCUUGUAAACAUUGUAAAUUUACAAAGUUGUCAUAUGUCAACUUCCAAACAUCAAACAAAUUCAUACUUUCAAAGUUUUUUGCUCAGGUAGAAGUAAUAAUAUAAUGUGAUCUUUAAAAGGUUCAUGAUUUUUCAUAGAAAACAAGAAAAAUUUGAAAAUGUGACCAUCUUUAUGAGUCAUAAUGUAGGCACAGUGAUGGGUGUCAUAAAGUUUUGGUUUGAGUGAAACGAAUGUAUUCUGUUUAAAAUUUUUAACAGUGCCAAACUGAACACGAUUACCUUUUUUAACGUUUAAGUAACAAACAUUUUUAAGAUGUGCCUUGUUUAAUUGUUAUAACUGUAUACUGAAAUAUUAGAAGAAUAAAUAUAUUUUAUCCUAUGUUGGAGAAAUGAAUGUUAUAUAUAUAUAUAUAAAAUUAUUUUCUUAAGCUUGUUUAAGGUAGCAGCAUUAUUCAGUACGUAAGACUGUAACUUUUCAAACUAUGUUAGUUUCAUAAAUGGUGCUAUACAUGUAUUAUAAAUUUACAAGGAAAAGAACAAAACAAUAAAUCUUGACUGCAUUGUUUAAAAAUCCAAAUACAUAUGUUUUAAAACAUGGUCAUUUUUUUUAUGUAACUCAAGAUCUGGACUAUAGUCAUUGUGUUAUAUGUAUUUUUCUCUACAUCAUCAUGUCUCAUAGAUUGAACAAGACUUCUUGAAAAUUUGCAAGAUGUUUUAUUUCACACCAAAGGGUAACUAAGGACUUGUGUCCUUUAAUGUUUGUCCUAGUCCCUAUAUAAUGACAUUUUAGUCCUCACUCUCUUUAAAUUUUUUGAUGUUUAACUGUAUAUAUAUGUAUAUAGUUCAUUCUGUGCAUUAAAUUUAUUUCAGAAAACUGAAGGUGCUUAUUAUUGUAUGUAAAAGUUUUUGUAUUCUGUUGAAACCAACCUUCCGUGCAUGUUUUCUCUGUUAUAUACUUGUAUAUAUGUUACUUAUUUAGUUGUGAUGUCAUCUCUACCUCUUUUUAAGGUUAUCUUAUUUACUGAAAGGAAAAACAGAAAAAAAAUCACAUUAUUCAUAAUUAUAGAUCAUAAAGUUUGAUUGAUUUAUCCAUAUAUUACUAGUCACAAAUAUAUUUUAGAAAAAUAAAUGAUAACACAAAA